AUGGCACACGCUUCUUCAGGAAUUCAAGAUGAUUCUCCUAAAAAUGAAUCAACUGGCUCUGAAACCCCCACUAGGACUCUACUGUAUGGCCACACAUCCAGUGACGACUCAGAUUUGAGGCUGAUGAUUGAGGAAAAUGCUUUUCAGGCUCUGUCUGAAAGAUUCUUGAUAAAUAGACCACACUAUACAUUUUGUGUCUCUGAACCUGAUGAAGAUAAUGAUUUUCUUUCUCUAAUCUUUCCCAAAAAACUUUGGAAAAUUGUAGAAAGUGACCAGUUGAAGUCGAUUUGGUGGGAUGUAAAUGGAACUUCUGUAGUGAUUAAUGAAGAACUUUUUAAGAAAGAAGUUCUAGAAAGAAAGGCCCCAUUCCAAAUAUUUGAAGCUGAGAGUAUGAAAAGUUUAGUUCGACAACUUAAUCUCUACGGAUUUAGUAAAAUACGACAGAAUUGUCAGAGAUCCGCUUCUCUUGCUGACUUUCUGGGAGAAGAAAAAGAAGCCUCUUUACUGUUCUACCAUAAUCCAAAUUUUAAACGAGGCUAUCCUCAGCUGUUAACAAGAAUGAAGAGAAGAGUUGGGAUUAAAAAUGCUUCUCCAGCAUCUGCGUCAUUACUUCAAGAUUUCAACAGGAAGCACUUUAGAGCAGGGAGUAAUGUAGGUAACCAGAAUUCUGGUUUAACUGCUGCAGGUAGUGGAGAAAGUUUAUUUUCAACCUCUACAAAUGUAAAUGUGCCUCUAAUAAGGAAGCCUUCCACCAGCCAGAUAACUGCUAAUACAGCUGCCCCAAUCAGAAGUGUGUUUUUGCCUCCAUCAUUAACUCCACCUGGACCAUCAGAGCAAAUGCUAACAAAUCAAUACGCUAUUUCAAAUCAACUGACCACUUUUCACCUGCCCUCGCAUAGCAGCUACACUGACUCAACUGGUCACUUUGUAAAUUUUGUUACUCCUACAACUUCUACCUCUCAGUACCACAUAAUCUCUCCCACUGGGAAUAGUGAUUUUGGACUAAGGGUGGAAACUUCUACAGGGUAUCCUGAUUUGUCAACCAAUGAGGCGGCACCUUCUGAUCUGUUAGUAGGCAAUCCAUGUCUCCUAAAGUCGAUGACGGCUGAUAGAUCUGACAGCUCUCUUUCAAGGUUAACUCAUCAGCCCUCUACAUUACAUCAACAUCAUCCAAAUUACAACUGA